AAAUUGUUUGCUUGCAGAUCAUUCGAAGAGUCUUUGAAAGCAUUCCCUCUGGCUCCCGAUCCCCCGUUUGUUCGUUGUUCGUUCGUUCGUUCUGAAAUACACAGUACACCCACACCCAUCCGCCCUGAAAAAAGUGUCAGGAGUGAAAGCACGCGGAUGAACAAGAAAUGAUUGCAGACAACAAGGUCACCGAAGCCAAUGCUCCUUCUUGAGAUGAUUUCCUUUCUCUCGAAACUCGAAAUUGAGUCCACGGACUCAUCGUAGCUCAGGUGAUGGAGAAGGAGAGAGGAAAAGCUCUUCAAAGUCUAGAAAAUCUGUCAGACCAAGAUCUCAACAAUAUCAUAGUUGGGUGCCCGAGUGACGAAGAUGGUGAUCCAAGUCCGAGGUCGAGUCCUGGAGCAUCUCCCAGACACCAUGGAGGAGUUCUUUGACGAGAACCCUGAGAUUGGGAUGGCCAACCUUGUGCUCACCGAGAUGGAGCACACCAAGAUGUGGCGGGACGAGGUGCUUUUCAUCCAUCAACGCCAACAAGCCACCAGUGAUUACCGUGAAAAUAAACGCGUCAGAUGGAUAGGAUCCCAUGCCGCACUUACCUGCCAUAUCUGUCUUAUGCGCCAUGUCAAAUCGGGCGUGGGUUCCAUUGGGCAUUUUGACAACUUUUGUUGUUGGCAAUUUGGCGAGGAGAGCUCGGCUCAUCGAGACGGGAUCGAGCUCAUGUUGGACGAAAUAGCUUAUCUGUCGGACGGAGAUGCCGAUGAUGGCCUGGUCGAGGUCACAAUUACUGGAGGUUAUGAGGACGAGCGCGGGGAUGCGGCCAAGAAUUCCAUGUCCUUGUUGCAAGCCUUACAAGAGGAUCGUCGUUUGGUGGAGCUCCGACACUUUUGUGUGGGCCCUUACAACACCAAAGCCGCCCAGGACGAGAAGGUGGGGCCUCACUUGCGUUUUGGUCCCAAAACAGCCAUCCUCAAGGGGAUGGCCUUAGAUUUGAAAUCCCAAAUCAUCUUCCCAGCCCUCUUCGAUUGGGGACAGAUGUCAGAUUUCCAAACUCAGAUUCAGGACAUUGCUCGUGUAAAAAACGGUCUUCAGCCUCUGGACACUGAAGAUCAGCGGAAAACCUCGGACUCGACGUUCAAGCCCAAAUCUUUGCGGAAUCGCGCCAAGGAGAAGAUGGACAAGCUGAAAAAGGAUCAACAACGAAGUCAGGAGAUUGCCGCGAAGAGACGAUUAAGCCAGGUGAAUAACAUUCCGAACCUGGCCAUGAAUAGCUUGCGUCUUAAACCCACCGGAAUCAACGAAAACGCCAUCAAACCGUUCAAGAGCAAGUUCAUUGAUUUCCACGCUUUGCGAAAUGACAUCUAACAACUACAUCAGAAAUAUAUAUAAAUGUUUAUUUAGACCAA